UUCCAUGUUCCCUUCAUCCUUCUCAUUCCCUUGCUUCGCAACCACCAUGGAUCCAUCCAUGCCAGAACACGACUACCCCGCUGCAUCCAGUCAGGCCACUCAAGAUGCAGUGCGGGACCUGACAUCUUGCAUCCAGCAACUACGCAGUCUGAUUAACCAGGAAAAUGAGCGGCGGGACCCUCAACGAAUUCGACAGCUCGCUAAGCAAAACGAUCCUAUUUUGAAGGCCCUCGAUGAGGAGAUUGACAGUGGACGACCAACACAGGUUGUAGCAUGGAAGAAGGUACAGCUGAUGCCACAACAGGAUAUUGAUGCAGAGAAUGAAGCCUAUAUGAAGAGGUAUACAGCCUUCUGGGAGGAGUUUGCAUCCACACCAGUCGACAAACAGGUCGCCGAAGAUGCAUAUGAAUUGGCCUUUGAUCAGUUUCCUCAAGUUUAUCGCUCUUUAGGCUGGCACAAAAAUGAUGAUCUUCUCUUUGACGCAGUGGUCCUGACCCGGUAUCGCGAUACUCUUCUAGCAGCACUCUUUGCCAUCGAGCCCUACAGGCUGAAGCACUUGCAUGGCCCUCUGGAACAAUCCAGAGCAGCCUUUGAAUAUUCGCGGUUACCUCGCCUGCUUUUAAUACUUGUUCGACUGGAAGCACGACGGAAUGAUGCGCUUGAAUGCCGGAAUGGAUCCUGUGUCGACUGCCGAUACUUUGAUGCUGAUCAAACGCUCAACGUAUUGAUGGAAGUCGGACGAUCACUACGCCUUAUCAGGCUAGGUGGGGUGAAUGAGAUGUCUCUAGAAGAGCUUUUGCAUCGAUGCUACGCUCGACGGAUUAUAACUCAACCUAAUGCCGACGAUUCCGAUCUUAUUCGAUACCAGUUCCAUCUCAUAUACGAUUGUCUCGAUGCCUUGGACUUUACAACUCGGUUCCGCGAGAUUAGAGACCCACUUUCUCUCACUUUCUAUCUCCAGUAUAAGACAGAGCCGAUUCACAAGAUUUUCGAAAUGGUCAAGUCUCAUACUAGUGUAAUGGAUGGCAUUGAGAAAUUCAAAGAGCUUCCUCUAGAGCAAUCCCUCAGCCCAACCUUUUCACCAGAGACGUUCACAGUUCAAUACCUGCAAGAUUUUGGGGGACUGAAUAUCGAGUGGACGGACUGCUUGGACGAUCACCUCAAAAUAUUCACUGGGCGUCAUGCCAUCAGAAUCUUUGCCCACCCUACAUUCUUCUACAAUUGUCAAGAUCUCCAUGAAAGAGAUUAUCUUGACCCGAUAUACAGAGAGCUUUCCGAUACAUACGCCCUGCUUUUUAGGCCCUCAUCGAGAAAGGGCAUACGGCAAUUGGAGCUUGGACGACGAAAGACACGAUUUAGUGAGCGUCAUUCAGCUCAGAAACGAGUAGUCGGCAAAACUAUCGAUAACAACUCAAGCAAUGCAUCGUCGCGUGUCUUGGAGAACUUUCACCGCUGCUCACUUCCUCCCACCAUCCAAGCGGCAUUCAACAUCGCUAGUCCGUCUCUCAAUAUUAUGGACACCAGCUCCUUCAACCAACACAAGGUGACAUCCACUCCUAUGCGAGAAAUUCACUCGUGUGCGCCAUAUUACCCAGAGGAUAUUGAAUUCAUGAUCAACUCAAUCUUUGAACAUGAAUUACAUUCCGACGAGCCCUUUUUACGUUAUGAUUACUUUGGGCCUCGUUUGCGUCGGCUCAAAUCCUACCUUGACAAUCGACAACCAAAAACUCUCAAACAAAUAUGGUGCGAUAGAAGAGAUACCCGGGCAUGGUGGACCUUCUGGGGUAGUGCCUUCUUUUUGAGUACCAUCUUGGUACUCUCAGCUGGUAUUCUGGUCCUACAGAUCCAACUAUCUCGCUUCAGUGCUUAGAUGGGAACCCCCUUGGUUAUGUCAUAGCUCUCUGCAGUCCAUUCCGUAGUUGAUUAUUCACUUAGUGCGCGCGAGUACAUUACUUAUCAUCAAACCAAUGCUCUUAUACAAGAUACCCUAGAUCUUGACGUGAAAAGGUGACAACAGUCUGCUCGGCCGCAGUGGCAUGGAU